GCCGCGGCAGUAUAUAGCACAGUCUGCAGUCAGCGGUUCAGUCAACCAACAGCUCAAGCACAGCUAAAACAGCUAAGAAACGUUCAGCACCACAGAACAGCGGACAGCUCCUCAAUAAGCGAACACUAUGGUUCUGAUUUGGACACAGUUUGGAGUGAAAACGAAAAAUGUCAAGUGUAAGGUCCGCGUUAUGAACAGGAAUGACAGCUCGGGCUCUUCAUCAGGGGAGAACCAGAAGGACCAAGAGGUGCCUGUUAUGUCCAUCAAGCCUAUGGGGAAGGAUUUCUACAAGGUCCUGGGCGUCGAGACAGACUCCAACGAAGAUGAGAUCAAGAAGGGAUACAGGAAGAUGGCCCUAAAGUUUCACCCCGACAAGAACAGCGCCGCUGACGCAGCAGACAAGUUCAAGGAGAUCGCAGAAGCUUACGAGAUUCUGACCGACCCCAAGAAGAGAGUCAUCUAUGAUCAGUUUGGAGAAGAAGGUCUUAAGAACAGAGGCGGAGUGUCCAUGGCAGGCAAGGAGAACAACACCCAUCAGUACAGUUACCACGGUGACGCCCAUGCCACAUUCUCCUCCUUCUUCCAAGGCUCCGACCACUUCGACAUCUUCUUCGGGCCCGACGGCGAGGAGGAGCUCUUCAACCCCUUCAGCCGCUUCACCUUCAGCCACGUCGGCGGUUACCACAGUAACUAUGGCCCCACUGGCGAGAAGCUUCGGCGCGGGCGUCGGCGUCUGCAGGGCACGGCGGUGGUGCACGACCUCCUGGUGACCCUGGAAGAGGUGUUCCAUGGCUGCACCAAGCACAUGAAGAUCACACGGCGCCGUCUCAACCCGGACGGCCGCAGCCUGCGCACCGAGGACAAGGUCCUGAACGUGGUGGUAAAGAAGGGGUGGAAGGAAGGUACCAAGAUCACCUUCCCCAGAGAGGGCGAUGAGACGCCCAACAACAUACCCACCGACGUGGCCUUCGUUCUCAAGGACAAGAAACACCCCCACUACAAGAGAGAUGGGUCCCACAUUGUGUAUACGGCCAAGAUCACCCUCAAAGAAGCUCUAUGUGGAUGCACAGUCAACGUCCCCACCCUGGACAACAGGACGAUGCCGCUGCCUUGCAGUGACGUCAUCAAGCCCGGCGGCAUCCGGCGGCUGAGGGGCGAGGGCCUGCCCCACGCCAAGACCCCCUCCACACGUGGCGACCUGGUGGUGGAAUUCCAGGUGGCCUUCCCUGACAGGAUCCCUCCCCAGUCCAAAGAGAUCAUCAAACAUAGCCUCGCUGGGUGCUAAUGGGCUAACGUCCUAGCAUGCUAUCGUGCUAACGACCUAUUGUUUGAGCAAAUAAAAUCACAGCCUUGCCAGGUGCUAUGACAAUCCAGCACAGCUUCUCCCUGUGCUCAGUUUAGAGACAAUGGCAGAGGGCACCGGAGAGGGUCAGAUGGAAGCUUUUUUGAUUAUAGGCACUUUUCAUAAGCAUAUUUAACAGAUACAAUGCCACAAGUAGAAGGUUUACAGUUUAACUGGCAAAUUGACUCCUGAGUGUCUGGGCACAUCUACUGACUUUCUCUUGAAUGAAAGGGGAAUAGGUACUGUUACUGUGUAUACUGCUUGCCUAUAUCAGGAACUUGGUAUUCCAAUCGAGUCAUUUGACUUAUUACAGAAACCUGAGGUAGUUGAUAGUCACGUGACAAAAUGAUUCUACCACUUGUAGGCUAUGGUUGUAUGGUUUUCAUAUGACUGCACCUUUACAUUGAUUUAUUACAAUAACAAAAAUGUACUUGUGUACAAAAAUAUGUAUAACUUUGUCUCUAAAAGAGAUUCCUCUGUCAAAUGUUCAACUGAAUCAUUUGAAAUGUUUGUGUAUAUGUGUGCUUUAACUUAUACCAGAUGUUAAUGUAUUAUUCUAAAUUGACAAAUGGACACAAAGAAAAGCAUGUUAAAUAAAUGAAAAUACCAGAAUUUUAA